CUCUAAAUAAAGACAUUUGUGAGAGCGCACCAUGUUGUGUGUCGUCGGUAGACCUCUGUGCAGUCUGAGAGUCUCCGGUGCUCUGACUAAGGCUACAGUCGCAAUGGCAGACGCUCUGGCGAAACUCCCCGUUGUGGAGAUUGAUCCAGAGGGAACAUUCAAAUACAUACUGGUCAGAGUGAAAGUGAAAGAUGGCGAUGCGCAUACAGACAUAGUCCGUGGCACAAAAAGCGCAGAGUAUCACAAUCAUAUAUUUGACAAGGUCAAUCCUGCUAUGGAGGCCUUGGGGAUGGAGUGCAAAUGCCUUGGUGGAGGGAAGAUAGAGCACAACAGCCAAGAGAAAAAACUAAGGGUGUUUGGAGAAUCAACUGCGUAUGGUAAAGCAGACCAUUCUGUAUCUGCAGAGAAGCUGAAGAGUGCCUUUGGUGAUUAUGAGAUCACCUGGUCUGACGACAAAAAAUAGAGUGUGGACUUGCAUCUCAUUUCAAAUGUUGGCCUUAUCAGUUCCACUACGAAAACCAUGUAAUAAUUGACCCUUCUGUGCAACCACCACUUAAUUCAAAUACACCACUCUGCAUUUAA